GUGUGCUCAAAGUGCAGCGCAGACCCAGGCUAUAAAAACACCAGUCGCAUGCAACUGGUGCCUGACAUUGCUGUGUUGGCGGAUACUUUUGUCGACGGAGCUGUAGCAAAACGUUUUGUGCCUUUACUGUAUGCUAACAAUAAAUUGUCUCAACCUUUUUUACGCGUCUUCAAUCAUCUGAAUCUUGACGGGAGGAAAUGGUAUGCGCGCACUUUACAUAACUUCAUUGUUCUCUUUUUACAUUGAAAUACUAAAUGCGGGAAGUAAAUGUUUCCUAUUUUCAGUAGUUAUUAGUAUUUGCCAUGCUCAUUGGCAAAUGUAAUGUUCAUGCAGUCUGAAAAUGUAGACCAACAUUUACUCGACGAUUUCAGAUGUUUCAUUUGAAAAAACGUUUUAUUGCCUUAUGCCUAUAGCAGCCAUGCGUAGGGCCCUACCCACAUCAAUUGAAUGUAUCCAUUAGUAUGAAUGUUGAUACUUUGUUACUACGUUCUAACAAUGUAAUAUAAAAGACAGUUGCCGACAGUAUGAAGAUAGGCAGAAACUGCUUCGCCAAUUGAAAUCCCUGAUCACACUUGUAGGCGAUGUCAUGGCGACUUUGGCUAGCUAAGCUCAUGCGCAGAAACACGUCAUCAUGUCUAACGGUCGUCUCGCACCGAACUCCUUCGAUAUACAGUUGUUUUUUUAGGGAAAUUAAAACGUGUCACUUUCACGACGUUGGACUAAUAACAUGUUCAACUACUUAAGACAUUGUCUCGAAUCUAGGUUGUGCCUUUAGAUUUUGAGAAAAUUAAGAACUAAGAAUUUUUCACUUCUCAUUGACUUCUCAAACCCCGGCCUGGUCUACUUGGUCUGUUUCGCAAGCGUUCACGGAAGUCUUGCGUUGUUGCGCCUCUGGGUUUAGAAACUCAGUGGUAAUACAGUAUGUGCGGGAAUGUAUACUGUCUGUGUCUGAAAGAGAGAAUUCCGAUGAAUCUGUUGAGGCUGGGUGAGGAAGCGGAAAGGUGGGUGGUAUGGGCAAAUAUGGUGGAUAAAUGAAGAUAGUUCACUCAGGCCUUUUACAAUUUAAAAAAAAAGGGUCAGUUCCGGUCUACUUUACUGGGUGUCCUAAAGACACCAAUGCAAUAUCAGCUGGGUCUGGUCUACUUAGUUCAUUGACUUUUAUUGAACCACAACAGCGAGUUUCUUCUUCCGUCUCUGGUAGGGGCAGACGCAGCUGGUUGAGUCACAUGCUUGACAAACUUGACAAACUUUCAUGAGGUUUUUAACCUUCAAAUGACACAUUAAUUUGUUAAAAGAUUAGCUUACUUUACCUGUAUUUAGGCAGGAGUCUAGGAAAGCAAUGUCAUGUGAUACAGUAACUUUCUAUAUCAAUUGUGUACAUAAACAAAAAAUGUAGUCUAGUACAUAGCCUAUGGGCCUAUGCAUGAUACCAUGUGCUUUUUAAAGAAUAAGCCAUUAAAAAGUAUAGCAAGCAUGCCAAACCCCUUUCCUGUCAUCAUACAAUAAGUUACUUUGUAUUCCUGAUUUAAGAGUUAUAUUUUUCUUUGUGACUUACUGUGUUAUUACACAGCAUUUUAGUUUUAAAUUUUUACUGAUGCCACUUCCUUUUCAAAUGUCAGUGUAUUACCACCUUGUGAGAAUCUAGAAUACCCUCCCCCUGAGAUCCAGUGCCAAGAAUACAAUCUGGACUUGCUGAAACAUGUGUCUGGCAGUCUGUCUAAAAUAUAUUAUUUAAACACUUAGGUACAGUUUCCUAGCGUCAGAUUAGGCCUAGUUCUGAUUUUAGUCCAGGACUAGGGUCAAUCUGUGUCCGGGAAAACGACUAUCAAAGGAAUAAAUCAUUUUUCUUUGACUAGAUUUGAGUUCAGGAUCUUUGGGGGUCAUUAUUUAGAGUGACAUAGUUCUUUUAAAUUUGGAGCUACCAUAUUGCUCUCUACUUUUGGCAUUACUUUUUUUUUUAUAUAUAUAAAAAAAAAAAAGGAACCUUUAUUUAACCAGGUAAGCCAGUUGUGAACAAGUUCUCAUUUACAACUGCGACCUGGCCAAGAUAAAGCAAAGCAGUGCGAUAAAAACAACAACAACACAGAGUUACAUAUGGGAUAAACAAAGCAUACAGUCAAAAAUACAAUAGAAAAUCUAUAUACAGUGUGUGCAAAAUAUAGUAAGUUAUGGAGGUAAGGCAAUAAAUAGGCCAUAGUGCAAAAUAAUUACAAUUUAGUAUUAACACUGGAGUGAUAGAUGUGAAAAAUAUGAUGUGCAAAUAGAGAUACUGGGGUGCAAAUGAGCAAAAUAAAUAACAAUAUGGGGAUGAGGUAGUUGGGUGGGCUAAUUACAGAUGGGCUGUGUACAGGUGCAGUGAUCGGUAAGCUGCUCUGACAACUGAUGCUUAAAGUUAGUGAGGGAGAUAAGAGUCUCCAGCUUCAGAGAUUUUUGCAGUUUGUUCCAGUCAUUGGCAGCAGAGAACUGGAAGGAAUGGCAGCCAAAGGAGGUGUUGGCUUUGGGGAUGACCAGUGAGAUAUACCUGCUGGAGCGCAUACUACGGGUGGGUGUUGCUAUGGUGACCAAUGAGCUAAGAAAAGGCAGGGAUUUGCCUAGCAGUGAUUUAUAGAUGACCUGGAGCCAGUGGGUUUGGCGCCGAAUAUGUAGUGAGGGCCAGCCAACGAGAGCGUACAGGUCACAAUGGUGGGUAGUAUAUGGGGCUUUGGUGACAAAACGGAUGGCACUGUGAUAGACUACAUCCAAUUAGCUGAGUAGAGUGUUGGAGGCUAUUUUGUAAAUGACAUCGCCGAAGUCAAGCAUCGGUAGGAUAGUUCGUUUUAUGAGGGCAUGUUUGGCAGCAUGAGUGAAGGAGGCUUUUUUUGCGAAAUAGGAAGCCGAUUCUAGAUUUAACUUUGGAUUGGAGGUGCUUAAUGUGAGUCUGGAAGGAGAGUUUACAGUCUAACCAGACACCUAGAUAUUUGUAGUUGUCCACAUAUUCUAAGUCAGACCCGCCGAGAGUAGUGAUUCUAGUCGGGCGGGCAUAAGCAGCGUUCGAUUGAAGAGCAUGCAUUUAGUUUUACUGGCGUUUAGGAGCAGUUGGAGGCUACGGAAGGAGUGUUGAAUGGCAUUGAAGCUCGUUUGGAGGUUUGUUAACACAGUGUCCAAUGAAGGGCCAGAUGUAUACAAAAUGGUGUUGUCUGCGUAGAGGUGGAUCUGAGAGUCACCAGCAGCAAGAGCGACAUCAUUGAUAUACACAGAGAAUAGAGUCGGCCCGAGAAUUGAACCCUGUGGCACCCCCAUAGAGACUGCCAGAGGUCCAGACAACAGGCCCUCCGAUUUGACACAUUGAACUCUAUCUGAGAAGUAUUUGGUGAACCAGGCGAGGCAGUCAUUUGAGAAACCAAGGCUAUUUAGUCUGCCAAUAAGAAUGUGGUGAUUGACAGAGUCGAAAGCCUUGGCCAGGUCGAUGAAGAAGGCUGCACAGUACUGUCUUUUAUCGAUCGCGGUUAUAAUAUCGUUUAGGACCUUGAGCGUGGCUGAGGUGCACCCAUGACCAGCUCGGAAACCAGAUUGCAUAGCGGAGAAGGUACGGUGGGAUUCAAAAUGGUCAGUGAUCUGUUUGUUAACUUGGCUUUCAAAUACUUUCGAAAGGCAGGGCAGGAUGGAUAUAGGUCUGUAACAGUUUGGAUCUAGAGUGUCACCCCCUUUGAAGAGGGGGAUGACCGCUGCAUCUUUCCAAGCUCCUUUAAUUACUUGAACCACGUGGUAAUUGAUACAUCUUGAUCUUUCCCUGAUCUAUAUCUGGUUUUGCUUUUCUGUCAACAUUUUAUUCGGUAUUGAAUGUGCUUACUGAGGUGUCAUAACCAGCUAAAGGUGAAAAGAUAACAUACAGGAAUGUUGUUAUUAAUAAAUCCUAUAUGUCAGCAUAGUUGAAUUCCUUGUACCUUUGUGUGUAAAUAUAGUUCCGAUUUACAGUAUCUGUGUGUCAGAUGGGCUUUGCUGUUUAUGUAUUUUCCACUUCAGCCAGAUGGUUUGAGGAACAGGAAGUAGUCAUGCUGUUGUUUUUUGCCAACAGAGAGAGUGUAUCUCCAUCCACGUGGGCCAGGCGGGCAUUCAGACGGGCAAUGCCUGCUGGGAACUCUUCUGCUUGGAACACGGUGUGGGGCCUGACGGGGUGUUCAAUGAAGAGGACCAGGGGCCUCAUUCACGGACUGACACCUUCAACACCUUUUUCAACACCGGAAGUUCUGGCCGCCAUGUUCCUAGGGCCAUAUUUGUGGACCUGGAGCCAACGGUGGUUGGUAAGCGAUGUCAUUUGUAACGUUUUGUUUCCCUCCACCCAUCAUUCAUGUUUUGUGUGUGUGAUUAUACGUGUGUAGUGUGAAUGCAUAUCCAUCCUCAUGGGCCAGGCAGGAGUGCUAAUUGGGAAUGCAUGCGGGCGGGGACCUGUGCUGGAUGGAGCAUGGUAUCCAAGCGAUAAGACCAUUGGUGGUGGCGGUGAUAACCCCUUUUACACUUUCUUCAAUGAGCGUGGCUCAGGAAAGCUUGAACAAAGGGCUGUAUUUGUGGACCUAGCAAGCUGGACUUGGUAAGUGAUGGUGUAGAAUAUUGAUAAAAAGAUGAAGAGAUGAUAAAAUAAUUAAAUGUUGAAUAAAUGAGGGGUUUGUUAGUGAUACGCAUCCCAAACUUUCACAACAAUAACAACUGGGCCAACAACAAAAACUAUGAAUGAAUAAAGAAAGCCCACACACAGCAUAUGCUGCUCCAAAGUACACAUAAGUAGCCCUUGUCAAGUAAUAAUUAAUUAAAUGCAUGGUACUUCUAAUGAGCUAUAGUAUGUCAGGUAAGUAGUGUGCAUUAAUCAAAAUACUAACACUACUGUAGCACUUCAAGUGUUAAUACUGCACAUGAAUAAAUACUACAAAUCUUGAUUGUUAAAAUUGUGCAUCUACAUUACACUGCAGGUGGAUGUAAGUACAGCUUUAUAGGCUACAUAAAAUCAAUGCACAGGACUGCCAACCAAGAGCAAAUCAACAAUAAAUUGAUACUACUGUGUGGUAAUUUAGGUGACACUUCCAGUUGAUGUCCUAUAUGUGUUGAUGAGUGAUUGUUUUCCCCGCAGAUGAGGUCAGGACGGGAAUGUACAGGCAGCUCUACCAUCCUGAGCAGCUCAUCUCUGGAAAGGAGGAUGCAGCCAAUAACUACGCCCGUGGACACUACACCGUGGGGAAGGAGAUCAUUGACGGGGUUCUGGAGCGUGUCCGUAAAAUGGUAAGUAUCACAUUAAGACCUGAUCUUGGUCAUAUAGUCAAAGGAAGGCUUUGAGUCAUAAUGUAGUAAUAAUAUAGGCUAAGGCCAAUAUAUUGUGCAUCCCUAGUGUUGAUCAAUUGUUUUUCUCCCUAGACUGACCAGUGCACAGGGCUACAAGGAUUCCUCAUCUUCCACAGCUUCGGAGGCGGCACCGGCUCUGGUUUCACCUCUCUGCUGAUGGAGCGCCUGUCUGUUGACUAUGGCAAGAAGUCCAAGCUGGAGUUUGCCAUCUAUCCAGCUCCCCAAGUGUCCACAGCUGUGGUAGAGCCAUAUAAUUCCAUUCUGACCACCCACACCACCCUGGAUCACUCCGACUGUGCCUUCAUGGUGGACAAUGAGGCCAUCUACGACAUCUGUCGCCGCAACCUUGACGUUGAGCGUCCAUCCUAUACCAACCUCAACAGAUUGAUUGGUCAGAUCGUUUCCUCCAUCACUGCCUCCCUACGCUUUGAUGGUGCCUUGAAUGUUGACCUCACAGAGUUCCAGACCAAUUUAGUCCCAUUCCCCCGCAUUCAUUUCCCCCUGGUCACCUACGCGCCCAUUAUCUCUGCUGAGAAGGCCUACCAUGAGCAGCUGACCAUCUCUGAGAUCACCACUGCCUGCUUCGAGCCAGCCAAUCAGAUGGUCAAGUGUGACCCUCGCCAUGGCAUGUACAUGGCCUGCUGUAUGCUGUACCGUGGAGAUGUGGUUCCCAAAGAUGUGAAUGCUGCCAUUCAAAAUAUCAAGACCAAACGUUCCAUCCAGUUUGUGGAUUGGUGCCCCACCGGUUUCAAGGUAAGUAAUAUGAUUGCCUCCUGUAUAUGGUUUAUUUUGCAAUUUGAGGUACACACCAUAUUUCUUUUGUGGUCUAAGGGGUCUUUUUUACAUUUUAUUUGUUUAUACCUAAUCAGGUUGGGAUCAACUAUCAGCCCCCGACUGCCGUACCUGGAGGUGAUCUAGCUAAAGUCCAGAGGGCUGUGUGCAUGCUGAGCAACACCACUGCCAUUGCUGAAGCCUGGGCCCGUUUGGACCACAAGUUUGACCUCAUGUAUGCCAAACGUGCCUUUGUGCACUGGUAUGUAGGUGAGGGCAUGGAGGAGGGAGAGUUCUCUGAGGCCAGAGAAGACCUGGCUUGUCUGGAGAAGGAUUAUGAAGAGCUGGGCAGAACAAGCACAGGAUCUGAUGAUGAUGAAGCGGGUGAGGAAUAUUAA